AUGUCAACCGAUCUGGUGCCACGGUUGACGCUCGGGGUUCCGAACGGGAUAGUCUACGAUGUGGGGGACUUUCGCGUACGGAUAGGCGAUGUCCGUCAGACCUUUCCGGCUGUUCGUCCGCGAGGCACCAUUGUUGAGAUUGAGUGGCGAGGUCCGUCGAUGGUGGACUCGCUUGCUGCGAUGCAGUCUCGCGGGGAGAAACCCGGGACGGGCAGGCCGUCCGAGGAUGUGGACUCGGGGGUAGAUCUUUCGUUUGCAGGUAUGGAGGAGGCGGAUGUGGAUGCCGAGUAUGCGGCUACGGCAUCUUUGAUCCGGGAGUUUUGGGAGCGGCUGGGGGUGUCCGGAGCCAAGGAGGCGAUUCUGGUGCCUGGUCUGGGGAAGGAAGUCAAGUAG